AUGUGUGCAAACUUUUUGCAGCUGUCACAGACAAUUGAACUGUCGGACAGACUACAUCUAAGCACUGGAAUGGGCAAUGUCACCGAACGUCAGGCGUAUUGUGACGAGCCAGCAGUACCUCAGACACCGAAGACCUCGGUUUCGGGGACUACACAAGUGGUGGACCAUGAAGACAACAGCGUAACAUUUCAGCUGUUCUGCUUUAAGCAACAUCUGGGACAAAAAGAAAACCAACUUAUGAAGUGGGCCACAUCCAAGUUACUUCUCACCGAGAAGCUGCUAAAGAUUAGCAAAAAUCGCUCAGGCAGACCUCUACAGCCACGCAUUCUAAACACGUCAUGGAACGAAUACGACGAGGCUUUACUGACCGAUGACGAAGAUGAUGUCGUGACGACGAAGAACGAUUCACUCAGCAAAGAGUUAACAAAUCUCCAAAAGUAUCGCCUGGAGCUGCGUGAUACAAUCCUGCGAGUGGCUGAGGACCGAAUGAAGAAACGCGAGAAGAAGAAACUGAAGCGUUUGAAACGCCGAACGCUCAUCUCAUCGAAGAAGCCGAGUAAAAAAGAGAAGCAUCAGUCUAGGAAUGUUUGGUAUGCUUCUCAAGAACAGUAUCAGACUGAUGACAUGAAUAUGAUUGUGAUUGACUGA